CACCCUUCAUUUCAUCUGCGUAAUAAUUUACACUUUCUCCUUUUCAUCCACUCUCUCCACACAGGACACAGCUCACGUAUUUUUUUUCUCCCUUUUUUUUUUCCCAAUUUCAAUCAUUUUUAGAUCUCCAGAAAUCACAAAAUGUCGACAGAGAAGGAGAGAGAGACUCAAGUAUACUUGGCGAAGCUCGCUGAACAAGCCGAGCGUUAUGAUGAAAUGGUUGAGAGCAUGAAAAAGGUCGCAAAACUAGACAUUGAACUGUCGGUGGAUGAGAGAAACCUGCUGUCGGUGGGGUACAAGAACGUUAUUGGUGCUCGACGAGCUUCGUGGCGUAUCAUGUCCUCAAUCGAACAGAAGGAAGAAUCCAAGGGAAAUGAGAACAAUGUGAGGCUGAUAAGGGGCUACCGACAGAAGGUGGAGGAUGAGCUGUCAAAGAUUUGUCAUGACAUCCUUUCUGUCAUCGACAAGCAUCUGAUUCCCUCCUCUGGUUCGGCGGAGGCUACUGUUUUUUACUACAAGAUGAAAGGUGAUUACUAUCGCUACCUGGCUGAGUUCAAGACUGAUCAGGAAAAGAAAGAGGCAGCUGAAGAGUCCCUCAAGGGCUAUGAGGCAUCUACUGCAAAUACAGACCUUCCCUCUACCCAUCCUAUCCGUCUUGGCCUUGCUUUGAACUUCUCGGUGUUCUACUAUGAGAUCAUGAAUUCUCCUGAAAGCACUUUGAUUAUGCAAUUGUUGAGAGAUAAUCUCACUCUCUGGACCUCCGAUUUGCCUGAAGAUGGUGAGGAGGGCAUCAAAGCCGAGGAAUCAAAGCCAGCACAACCUGAGAACUAAUUUUUUGCUGCAAGCGUUAAUCAAGCAAAGAAAGUGAUGAGGAAGUGUCAUCACGAAAUAUCUCAUAAUUCCAGCUUUGGCAAAUGAAGAAUGUUCAUGGUUGUUCGAUCAAUUUUUAUCAUAGAAUGAUAAGAAGAAUGUUUUCAAGUUAGACAUGCGUUGAAUUUCUUGUGUCCAGAUUUUUUUUUUUUUUUUU